GCCUUGCCUACCUUCCCUGCUCAACAUUCAACCUUCCCUAGUUUAUCGUGUGCUUCACGCAACCUCGAGCCAGACAGAAUACGCACUUGCCUCCUCGCCCACGCAACGAUUCCUAAGGGCUUGUCACUGCAAAAAACAAUAAGUUUGCCCCUUGUUAUCCACUACCUCCUCUCCAACGAACCAGCUUGUACGCCGAGACACUCAAAGCCCGCACGCACCCCGCGAAAUCCUGCCACCGCACCUCGACACCUACUCGUCUUCAAUUGCGAAUCCGCCAUUGUCACCUUUUAGCCAGAUACGCGGCAAAUUGUGCAGCACCGGGCAAAACAAUAAUAUUUAAACGACGACGGCGACGACGACGACGACAACGACAGAAGGACGUUGCUAGUUUGCGAACGAAUUCGGGACUUCUUCCGGACCGACGCUAUAUUGGAACUUUCCGCGAUAGCAUCUUCCCUCAAGCGCACCAUUCUGGGUCUUCAAGAUGAUGCCGGCACAGCACGUUUACGGACACCACCAAUUUAAUCCACAAGCCGACUCGGCAUGGAUGCAUCAGCAGUCAAACCAGCACCACCAUGCGCAGCAAGCUGCUGCCGCCGCUUCUGCCGUCCAGCAGCAGCAGCAACAACAACAGCAGCAGCAGCAGCAGCAGCAGCAGCACUACAAUCGACUCGCUGGAGGUCACUCUACCGUUCCGUCCCUUGGCAACACGCAUGCUGCGGAUGGGGGUCACGAUAACAUUUCCGAGGACAAUCGAAGGACUAUGGCCUACAUUGCUGACCUCUUGAACGAGAGCACUCGCGAGGCUGCCUUAUUGGAACUCAGCAAGAAGAGAGAGCAGGUUCCUGAGCUGGCUCUCAUCUUGUGGCAUUCCUUUGGAGUCAUGACAUCGUUGCUGCAGGAAAUCAUUUCGGUCUACACCCUGCUGAAUCCUUCUCAGCUUACGGCCGCAGCAUCCAACCGGGUUUGCAAUGCGCUGGCCCUUCUUCAGUGCGUUGCAUCUCACAACGACACGCGCACGCUGUUUCUGAAUGCCCAUAUCCCUCUCUUCCUCUAUCCCUUUCUCAAUACGACAUCGAAAUCUAGGCCGUUUGAAUACUUGCGAUUGACGUCACUGGGCGUCAUCGGCGCUCUUGUCAAGAAUGACUCGUCCGAGGUUAUCAACUUCCUGUUGACCACAGAAAUAAUCCCUCUAUGCCUUCGUAUUAUGGAGACGGGCUCCGAGUUGAGUAAGACUGUGGCCAUUUUCAUUGUGCAGAAGAUUCUCCUUGACGACAAUGGCCUGAAUUACAUUUGCGCCACUUAUGAACGCUUCUACGCCGUGGGAACUGUCCUCAGCAACAUGGUCGCUCAGCUUGUUGAACAGCAAACUGCGCGUUUGCUUAAGCAUGUCGUCAGGUGUUUUCUAAGGUUGAGCGAUAAUGCUCGAGCACGCGAAGCUCUCCGUCAAUGCCUCCCUGAGCCUCUUCGAGAUGCAACUUUCUCUUCCGUUCUUCGAGACGACGCGGCAACGAAGAGAUGUCUAGCGCAACUCCUCAUAAAUCUUUCAGACAACGUCGUCGAACCGACCCAAGGGCAACACCCUGGCCUUUGAGGCCAAGAAUAACUUGACAUAUUGUAACGUUUUCGGGCCAACAUAGACUCAUGCAUAAAACACGGCGACUCGGAGGUCAGUGAUUUCAUUGGAAAACGCAAAAGCGUCGUGGACGCAUUGAUACCCGCUUCCUUUGUCCCAGAUGGGGCAUAUCAGGUUAAUCUGGAAUGCAUCUUCGACUCGGUCUUUCUUUCUUUUAUCUGUAGCAUCGAAAAGGACGGGGCGAAAAGCAAGGGUUUGGUUUUUUUCCUUCUCCGCUCGGGGGGAUAGGCGAUGGGGGGUUAAGACAUUUGAUUAUACGGUACAGUAAGGAGCAGUCGGAUCUGGGAACGGCGCCUGGGGCGGGGUUAGACGGUCCCGGCUUCUUUGGACAUGAACCAGUACUUUUAUCAUCCUGUCCGGCGGUGAACAUGAUGGCAUUGGCUUUGCUCGGGUAACUCAAAUGUGCGCGCUGGGGGGGGGGGGUUUCCUGGCAGCGCGAUGAUGGGAGUAUGGGAUCCUCGCGCUAUUGCUUGGACUCGACUUUUCCGUGUAUGUAUAUCGAGGCUCGAGUCUGGGUAUUCAAAUUGUUUAUACACGACCCAUUAAGCCCCCCCCUUGGCCCGUUUCUGUAAUUGAUUUCGAAUACCAGGUUCAUGGAGUUUCGAUGAAAAACGUACGCAGGUAUAAUAAACAUUUAUCACU